AUGUGGCAGCCAUUUCCCAAGUUCUACAUUGUUCGACCAGACGCCAAACAAGUACCCUUAAUUCCUCUCGACGAACUGCCGUCGUGGCUCCAGAUCGGUUUCCUCGACUGGAAUGACCCGAACCUGUACAUGUUCAUGAUUCCAGCCACCACCAGCAUCGUACCUCGUGAAGGGGAGUACGAUGUUAUUUGCCAAUAUUGUCUAAACAGCGUUGACAACACUCUUCACAGAAGUGCAUCAGAGUCCGGUAACGACGCCGGAUCUUCAAUCUGUGCAACGCACAAUCACCAGAUGGCAACCAAAUCCCCCAGUGCUGCCGACAUUGCGGCCCUUGUCCCGCAGACUGUCGAUAACCAUAAGAAAAUUUCUGGCCUUUCUUAUAUACCUGGGUCCGACAAAGUUAUCCCCAGUCCCACGGCGUAUCCUGGCCCUCUUCUGCAACAACCGCCUUUCCAUUCAGUUCUUCAACGUCCUAUUGUUGGCAUGUGUCUUAUAAGGGUUGUGCAGUUUAUGUGGGGACUCGUGCCAACCUUGACUUCGCAGCCGCCUUUGACCAACGGUGUACCUACAGAGGAGGAGCAUGAGGGGCAUUUGGAGGAACACGACGAGAAUGAGGCUGGGGAAGAAGACCCACUGCUUCCACCCCUUGAUACCAAUGUAACAGGGCCUUUCCAGCCAAACCCGACUGCGGUGGAGCCAGCGGCGCUUACCAGUGCAUUGUUAAGGUUACGUCGACAACGCGAGUCAUCAGGAUUUGAGCUCCGCGAGCCUGAUGAAGAAGGUCAGCAGUCUCAGCACAGUCACCAAAGCCAACAAGGUCUGCCAGGGCCUCAAGGGCCUCAAGGACCUCAAGGACCUCAAGGACCCCGUGGCCCCAUACGUCUGCCAUGUCCUCCAUCUGCCAGCGGUCCAUCCGGCCCAGCGUCAGAGCAAAGUGAUGAUGAAGUCCCCGCCAGGAUGCUAGAUCCGGAUGGCAAUCCCUCGGACCUGGAUUUGUGGAUAGCUGGGGUACCCUCCCUGAGUGGCUAUGAUUCGGUUCGUCUACAACAGACAGUGGACUCUAUGUUAGCCGGCGCGUACCACAGGGGAUUACAGGAUAGGGAAGCUGCUAAAAAGCGAGUUCUCGGCAUCCACCACGCAAACGCUCAGCUACUGUCUGAUUAUUCCCCGUCCCCUUUGUCAAACCAGCAGACUCUGGAAAGCACUGGAAUAUCAUCGGACACGCCUGGCUCGAAAUAUGAUGAUGAGGAGACAGAUGUACCCGAUCCUCAGAAUUUGAAACCUCCAUUAGAUGAGCCAGAUGAUGAUGGAAAUGUCUCUGAGGAUUCUAAAAAACAGCAGGACUCUGCAGAUGAGGACGAUAAUGACUCGCAAAUUUCGAACGACGCGGGAAAUCCACGAGACCCUAAAGACCCCGAAGACCCCCAGGACCCUCCUAACCCUCAAAAUUCUUCAAACAACGAUGAUUCUCAAGAGCCACAUGAUUCGCCGACUCAACAGGAUUAUGGUCAUGAUGAAUCAAACCAGAAAGAUUCAGAAGGAUCUCACAGUGCACCAGAUUCUCAUGCUUGUGGAGGCGACUCGGUUUUGCGAGAUACACCAACUCCACAACCAAGCAAGUCUAGUCAAAGCCGGAGUAAUUACCGUCUGACACCACAUCUUGCCCCGAGACCCUCCCGAGGUACAACUCCUCGUGGACACGGAUCCGGUCGUUUAGCUCCUGCGCCGCCAGCUCCUCCGCCGAGGAGUCGAACAAACUCGGGAACUCAAAGGGGCGACACUUCGAAAUCGAGGACUCCGUUUCAGAAAAAUGUACCAGGUACUGCUGCGGGUGAAGAUAAAGGUGUGGACAGUCCCGAUAUCAGUGGUGCCCUCGCACCUUCCAAUCGAAACAGUCAAAAGCCUUCGCCAGGAUCAAACCCAAAAGCGAAUACCCAAAAGACAUCCGUAACCAGUCGGAUCAAGGGCGACCCAACACAAUCCCAGGAAGACGCCCAAUCCGGCAGAGUGUCGCGUCAAGGACAUAUAACGAAAUCAGUCCGUUUUGAUCUUCCUUCAGAAAAUGACGAGAUCAAGGUUGGGGAGCAGCUGAAAAGGCCGGUUUUGACACGAAGGAAUUGUGGGGGUAUUGAGAAGGCAAAAUCAUAG